ACAAGACCCCACCUGAACAUAACGGACCAGGAGCUGUUCUGGGGGGCAGAUCAGUAUGACUUCUCUGUGGUGCUUCGUGGAUCUGCCACUGAGUGUUUCUGGCACUUUGCCCACCAUGGAGAGAAGUUUUACCUGAGCUUCUUGGUUUCCAUCAGAUGUGUUUGAGCAAUUUCCACAACCGCUUCAGCACCAUGCAGGUCUUCCUCAGCUUCGGGGUUUAUUAYGACAAUUACCAAGAUCCGUCCAAGAGCAAAGAAGAGGAGGAGAGGAAGAAGGAGGAGCUCAGCAAAGACCUGAACAACACAUUAGACAUCAUCCAGACUGCAACAUACAAAGUAGAGAACCGUGUCUUCCACAUGUUCCGUUACUACAGCUUCAGCCGCAUGAGGAAGAGUGCAGACUACUUCCUGUUGCAGUUCAACUCACAGUACAUCACCUGGUGGUCCACAGCCCUCAGUCUGCUCAUCAUCACCUCAGGUUACCUACAGCUCCUCUUCCUCAAAAGCCUGUUUGUGAGCAAGCCGUGCACAGAGGACGAGAAGCCCCGAUGCUGACAGAGUCAUCGUCAACUCUUGUCUGGAUGUUCAGGAGCAGCAACCAGAAAACACACACAAGAAAUCUACACG